CAUGUUUUUUACAUCACUUGCUACUGAAAAAUAUUUAUCUUUUUAUGCAUUUAAGAAUUAAAUACUAAUUUUAAUUAAUGACGAUAAGAAAUCAGAUUCACUUGAGUGAUUACUAAAAUUCAACAUUAGGUAAUUCAUUGUGUCGACAAAUGUAGUUGUAUAUAAAAACUGCAGUUUCAACACAUUUUGAGUUAUUUCUUAAAAUUAAGAUAAAAUGAUACCUAAUAAACAAGUCUUAAUCAUUUUCAUCGUCUUAGCAAAUUUUUAUUUAAAUUGUUGUGAUACAGAUUGCGUACAAGAUUUUUUUAAAUGUCUAAGUUCCAACGUUACCAUCAAAGAAUUUAUUGCAUGUACAAAAAAAUGUUGUGAGGAAACAUUAAAUGAAACUGUAAAUGAUUGGUCUGAUAAAUUUCACAAUUGCGUUCUCGAAGACCAAUAUCCGAUUAUUUUGAGUUGUAUCGACGAUAAAGAUGGCAAUGAAUGUGGAAGAAUGAUUCAAAACUAUUUCAAUAGAACACAAAAUAAUUAUAAUGAAUUUAGAAAUCAAGCAAUGUCAAGAAUAAAGAGAGCUACAAUGGAACAAUGCCAAAAUAAUACAGAUGUUACCGUAAAGUAUUUAUGCAACUUCUAUGAAGAUUAUUAUUAUUCUAAAUAAUUAAAUAAAAUCUUUUAGUGUUCUUACAAUUAAUAGAACAGUUACUUUGUAUCAAAUUUUCAAAUUAGUAGUAUUUUCACUAAAAUAUUUAUAUAUGUUUAAAUUUCCGUUAAAAAAUUUAAAUAUAAUUAAAAACGAGUGUUUAAGUUGAUAUAAGUUAAUUAUUUUUUUAAAAAAAUAUUAUUAGCGAAAGGGAAUAAUUUCCCUAUUACAGGGGGUAAUACGUAUUAAUAAUUUUAGUUUACAGAGAUUUUAUAACAAUUGCAAACCGAUUACAAAUCAACAGAUCCGUACAUUCAUUUUAUAGUAAAUUUUAUGUUGUAGCG